AAAUCUAAAGAAUCUUCCGGUAAAAGAUGUCAUGUCGAGGGUCGUCACCAGCCAGAGCAUGGCUCAGAUUGCUGUUCCAAGGGCUUUCAAGGGACAGAUGUCUACCCAGACAUCUUCAUCCAAUGUCCUGUCCCCAGAGAUGGUAAGGUUCUGUCCCCGGAGAUGGUUAGGUCCUGUCCCCAUAGAUGGUAAGAUCCUGUCCCCAGAGAUGGUAAGGUCCUGUCCCCAGAGAUGGUAAGAUCCUGUCCCCAGAGAUGGUAAGGGGGAGUAUUUUUUAUUUUCUUUGGGCUUUUCAAGUUAAUAUUUUUGUUCUGUUUUUAAAACCAAAAGUACUAUUGUGAAAUUCGGGCCAACCGCUGAAUACAUUCAUGAUUUCCAAUUUAUUCACAACAAUGCAACUCUUGCAUUCAAAUCUACCAGCAGUGAAAACAAAAAACCACCAUGGUCCCCAAAAGCUGCUUGCUGUCCAGCCCAAAUAAAUUUUAUUUGGAUAAAUCACUCUUCUCUAGUUCUCUAAUUUUUCUAGACUCAAAAUUUAAGCCAUGAAGCAUUAAAAGUGUAUGCUUGUGUAUUAAGUGAAGAAGAUAUGAGCCGCAGAACUUCAUGUAAGAAGUGUUCAGUCGACAGCAACAGGUCGCAGAGGGGUUUGUGUAAGGGUACAGAAUUCAAAUUUACCAAAAUUAUUUUAUAUUAUUCCGUUUGGAAAAAUCAGGUCUUUUGACAAAACAAAUUUUUAUUUUUAUCUGUACUCCACAAACAGUAAUGGAAUGCACCUAAAUCCUAAAUGAAUGAUGCUAAAAAGAAAUCACUGCACCUUUGUGGUGACAGCUUUUUGUAUAUGUGCUAAUUAUUUUCAGCUACAAACCAUCUGGACAUGGAUCCCAUUCAGGUUAACCCUUACAACACCAGAGCUACUCUUCUCAUCAGAUGAACAUGGUACAGCACUGCGCACACUGUACAAAAAGACUGAACAUCUCCCCCAGUCU